AUGCCGCCGGCCAUCGAGAACCCAUAUGAAGAACGACAGACACUCCUUUUGGAGCGUAUAAUUAAAAAUGUUGAUCUCCUUAAUGAAGCGCUAAUGGAAAUGAAUCGCUCAUUUGCCGACAUCAACAACCAUAACCAAGAUAUCACGAUCGUGGCCGAAAUGUGGAAUGGCUACCACCGAAAUGUGGACUUCAAUUUGCAGAACAUGGAGUCGAACAAUACCGCCUCUAACCACCAUGCUAUGUGA